CGCCGCGCCUCGCGCUCUGAACAUGGAAGGCGGGAGCGCCGCCGCGACCGCGGAGGCCUACCAGUACGUCGGGCCCUUCAGACUAGAGAAGACCCUGGGCAAGGGACAAACAGGUCUGGUGAAGCUGGGCGUGCACUGCGUCACCGGGAAGAAGGUCGCCAUCAAGAUCAUCAACCGCGAGAAGCUCAGCGAGUCGGUGCUCAUGAAGGUGGAGCGGGAGAUAGCUAUCAUGAAGCUGAUCGAGCACCCUCACGUGCUCGGCCUCUCCGACGUCUAUGAGAACAAGAAGUAUCUGUACCUGGUGUUAGAGCACGUGAGCGGCGGCGAGCUGUUCGACUACCUCGUGAAGAAGGGUCGCCUCACGCCCAAGGAGGCGCGCCGCUUCUUCCGCCAGAUUAUCUCCGCACUCGACUUCUGCCACAGCCACUCCAUCUGCCACCGCGAUCUCAAGCCGGAGAAUUUGCUGCUGGACGAGCGGAACAACAUCAAGAUCGCGGACUUCGGCAUGGCGUCGCUGCAGCCCGCCGGCUCGCUGCUCGAGACCUCGUGCGGCAGCCCGCACUACGCCUGCCCGGAGGUCAUCAGGGGAGAGAAGUACGACGGGCGGCGCGCGGACGUGUGGUCGUGCGGAGUCAUCCUGUACGCGCUACUCGUGGGUGCGCUGCCUUUUGACGACGACAACCUGCGACAGCUGCUCGAGAAGGUGAAGCGUGGCGUGUUCCACGUGCCGCACUUUGUGCCGCCCGACUGCCAGCAGCUGCUGCGCGGCAUGAUCGAGGUGAAUCCGGACAAGCGCAUCACGCUGGCGCAGAUCACACGGCACCCGUGGGUGACGGCAGGCGGACGCGGCGAGCUGGAACAGGAGCUGCCCAUGAUGGAGGUGGUGCAGACGCGCGUGCUGCCCGGCGCAGACGCGCUCGAUCCCGACGUGCUACAGGCCAUCUGCAGCCUCGGCUGCUUUAAGCAGCGCGACAAACUCAUACAGGAUCUGCUCAGCCCGCAUCACAACACGGAGAAGGUGAUAUAUUUCUUGUUGCUGGAGCGCAAGCGGCGGCGGCCGGCGCGCGACGACGAGCCGCGCCCGCCCGCGCCCGCGCCGCCCGGCGACCCGCCGCGCAAGCGCCUCGACACCUGCCGGGUCAACGGCCAGUCUGCUCAUUUCGGGCAGAUCAGCGAGGGUUCGCCAAUAACUCCCAGAAGAUCGCAGAUCAGCAGGUCAUCUUCGGGGCGGCGCGAGGGACGCGAGGGGCGCAGCUCUCCGCAGCUGGCUGCGAGCCCGCCCGGUCAGUACUUCCCGACUUGUCUCUUUAAUUACAUGUUUAUCAGACAAACUCGUGUAUAUUUGCUAACAGUCAGGUGUUGCGCUACCGUCAAGGCGGACCUCAUACACGCCUUCCUUAGCAUAGCGGAGCUGUCGCACAGCGUGCUCGGCCCCAUGUCUUUUCGCGUGGAGUACAAGCGCGGUUCCAACGCGCCCGCCAUGUUCCAGAGGCACGUUAGAUUUCAGGUGGACAUAUCGACGAUAACGAAGGCACCCGGAGAGAACGGCAAGGAGUACCUGUACGCCAUCACCUUCACCCUGCUCUCAGGCAACAUCCGGCGGUUCCGGCGCGUGUGCGAGGUGGUGCAGGCGGCCGUGUGCCGCGCGCCCGGCGCCGGCCGCGCGCCCGCCCAGCCGCCCCGCGCGCUGCACCCGCCCUCGCCGCGCGCGCCGCGCAGGCACCUCGCGCUCGCCCACGCGGCGGGCGAGAUCCCCGACAGCCCCGACCAGCCGGCGCAGUCUGACCACGAUAGCGACUCCUCUGCCUUCGAGCCCGCCAAGAGCCCCAGCCGCUCCUCCAUCGACCAUCUCGAUCAGAACGGCGCGCACCCGCUGGGCUCCAGCUCCUCUGUCACCAGCGGCUCUAGUGGAUACAAACAGCCGGGCGGGGGUGGGGGCGUCGGUGGGCGCGGCGGGCGCAGGCGCGCGGAGCCUGCCUCCGCCUCCCUCGACCACGAAAUCAUGAGCUGCGGUCGCGACCUGCCAGGCACGCACACUAAGCGUUCGUCGUCGGAAUGCCGGGACGCGAACUGCUCGCCGCGACGCGGGCUUGACUGUGGCUCGCGCGAGCGCGACCCCGCGCGUGACCUGCUGCGGCGCCACAACUCGUUGCGGGAAACGCCGGCGCCUCCUGCGCCCCCCGCCGCCGGCGCCGAGCCGCGCGCGUGACUCGCCACCCGGAGUCCUGUUACUGUUGCUAGUGUCCCUGUAAACACAGCGGCUACCACUUUCUGUGACCAGAAACCUGAAAGCUUUGUAAUCAAUUUAAAAUUACUUCCAUAUUUGUUGCACGCGUAGUGCUAUUGUUGUCUUUUGAAAGUUUAAAUACAGUACGAAAUUCUGAAUAAGGCUUCUAAAAACCUCAAUGUAAGCUAUAGAAAUUUUCACAACAUGAUAUUGUACGUAUGUACCGUACCAU